UCGAGGUCCUCGGCAUCAGGCAUCACCACCACAAAGAUGGCAUUUUCUCUCCGUGUGUUGUUCCUCCUUUGCGGGAUCAGUGGAGCGUUGACCGCAGCUCUGCCUGUGUCCAAAAAGGAAGUUUGCUGUCCUGAUGGCUGGACUCAGAAGGAUGAACACUGUUACAUCUACAAAGAAGAGAAAAGGACUUUUGCAGAUGCAGAGAGGAUCUGUAACCUGAUUGGUGGGAAUCUGGCCUCAAUCCGCACCCCUGUAGAAAAUGCGGUCGUUUAUCAACUGGUUGUGAAAGGUGGUGGGGAUGAAGCCUGGAUUGGACUCCAUGAUGCCGUUAAGUCUCAAAACUACCUUUGGACUGAUGGCACCCCCUUUGUCUUCGCCAACUUUGCCUCUGGGGGAUCUGGCAGUGAUGAAUGUGUGGUGAUUGAAACCACUGGAAAUGAUGGGCUAUGGAAAGGAGAGCCAUGCACUGAUGACGAGCCAUACGUUUGCAUCAGAGAGGCGUUCUGUCAUCGCUAAUCAUAACUUUUAUCAUCAUAUCUUCUAUAACUGUCUUUUACUCAUCACAAUGACUGUAAUGAGACAGUGGUAAACUUUAGUGGUGUCCUUGUAUUUCUGGGUAUUUUCUUAUUCUACACUGUUCAGUUGUUGAACGUUCGUUAA